UCAAAACAAAGCUUGUUAUCAGUUGCUGCCUGAGUGAGAAUAAAAUAGUGUAUACCAGACAAAUCGGAAGUCCAAUCAAUGAAGGUUUUAAAUUACAACAGAGAAAAUUUUCCGCAAGUGAAAUUCUGAAAUUCUGAAGUUUAAAAUCAAAUAUUAAUUUUAGUUGAAUCGGAAACUUAAUAGAAAUUAGUUAUAGAAAUGUUUAAAUUGAUUAAUUUUAUUGCUGGAGCUCUGCUGGUGGCUCUGUUCGCCCAGCACCUGAGUUAUAUUUUUCAAUCAGCCGAGGCAAGAGUUUACGAUCAAAAACGUUCCACAUAUGCCAGUCCACAGAGCUAUGUACCGAAUGCGAGAAAUCAAUACCAGUCGAUGGAACCAGGUCUGGCGGCUGGAAGAUAUGGUGCGCAUAAUUCCCUUAUUGGCAAUAUUCCAAGGCGUGGUGAGAAUGAGGAAUGCAGCUCGGAGGGGGGAAAUCAGACGCAUAUGUAUACCGUUACAAUACCGCAUGACCAGAUCGACAAAUAUAGCUACAUAAAAAUCAUCGAAAAGAAAGGCCGUUUUAGCACCAUCAGCCUGUGCUGUGAGGGCUAUACCCUGGUCCGGAACUGGCAACGUGAUCUGUGUACACCGGUGUGUGAAAAUUGCCGCAAUGGCCAAUGUGUGGGACCCGAACUUUGUGAAUGCUACGAUGGCUUUGUACGCAACGACAAUGGCGACUGUGUCUUCAGUUGUCCGCUGGGCUGUCUAAAUGGCCGAUGCUAUUUGGAUGGGAGCUGUAAAUGUGAUCCCGGUUAUAAGCUGGAUGAGACUCGACGUUUCUGUCGGCCCAUUUGCAGCAAAGGUUGUGGCACUAAUCCGCUGUUAAAUUGUACCGCCCCUGAGGUGUGUGGCUGUGUGAAUGGCUAUAUUCUAACAGAUGCUGGUUGCAAGGCGGUAUGUGAUCCCGAGUGUGGUCCCGGUGGGGAGUGCAAUGCUUACGGGCGAUGUGAAUGUAAACCGGGAUAUACGCCAAAGGAUGGCGUCUGCCAUGCUGUGUGUUAUCAACCCUGUGAAAAUGGCAUGUGUUAUAGCCGGCAUCGCUGCAUAUGUAAUCCCGGAUUUAUUUACAUGGAAAGCACGGGGAAUUGUAUACACAAGCCGGAGAAAAAUUAAAAAAAAGCAAAUAUUUUUUUAAUAAAACUAAAAUUAUUUUUCUCAGAUAUUACAAGGCGUGGAUUUUUUUAAAAAUUAUAUUUCCCACAAAAAACAA